UGAUAGUCUCCGAUGAGUUUUUCAGAUUCCUUGAAAUUUCAGGAGACGGUCAACAAGGAAGAAAACCAACCAAGAACCACCACCACCAAGAUGAAAUCACCAAAUGGCUCAAACCCAAGAACCACCUAUCACUACACCCUGAACCAACAGCAACAACAGCAGCAACAACAACAACAACAACAACAACAACAACAACAACAGUCAAGACCAUUCCUACUCAAUCGAGCAACUAAUGAGAUCACCCAAUUCCCAUCAUACGAAACCAUGUACCAACUAUCAGCUUCACCAACAACUAGGAACAACCAACAACAACAACAACAACAACACCAACCCAUCCCAUCACCAUCUCACAACUUCUCAUCAUCCACCAUCCAAUCUAUCACUCAAUCAACCAGCUCAUCAAAUAACCACCAACAGCAGGAAAACCAAUCCUCAUUCACUCACUUCCUCAGAAGACUACUCAACAAGCAACACCAGAAACUCAUCACCAACCAACCAAUAACAACCGAACCAUCCCCAGAAGAACUACUCGAUCAUUCACCAGCAAAACUCAUCCCACUCACCCUACUCCUCUUCGCCUCUCAACUCAUAUCCAUCAUCACCACCUUCUACGCCAUCCCAUUCCUCAUCAAACUCCGUCCAUCCAACCUAUCCAGAUUUAUCCUCUGGAUUGCCUUCCCACUAGCCGGACUCAUCAUCCCGGUCUACCUCGGUACGAGCUCAGACCUACGAACUCAAUCCAAACAUCGAAGGACAGCACCGAUCGCUUAUUCAACUCCUAUCCUCAUCUGCUCACUCCUAUCGCUAUCCUUCUGUCAGCCGAUCGGAACGCUAAUCAUCUACAUCCUCGGAUUAGAUCAGGGGGACUGGGACCCCAACCGGAAGAUCUACAUCCAAUCCGCAUCCAUCGCCAUCGGCAUCCUCUCACUCUACCCGCUCACCUUCUCUCUCAAUGCACUCAUCCAAUCAGCUCGCUCACUCAUCCUAGAUCAAAUUCAUGCCGAAAACCAACCACUCGUCAACAUCUGGAUCACCCGACUCACCAGACUAGCCGACCUACUCGUCUUCCUUAUCGUCUCUGGCUCUUCUGAUGCCGAUCUUCACGGGCCAAACCAACCCAACCUACUCCGAAAACUCGUCGGAUUCUCGAUCCCAGUCUUACUCUUAUGUUCACUAAUCACCUGCUCACAUGUCAUCGAACGACCAGCCUUCGAGAACCACUCCUCAUCAUUAACACCCAAUUCAUCCAUCCGAACCAUCCUCAAGGCUCAAUUCAACCUCUUCAGACAAACACUCAUCGACCUACCCAUCCCGAUCCGUCGAGUAUGUUACGUCGAAGUUUUGAGUUCAACCUGUUGGCUCACGAUCUUCUACCAUGCCAAACCACUCGUCACGCGAUUCACCCUAGUCGAACUGAGUUCCAAGGGCGCCAAGUUGACCGAAUCUCUAGUCAGAUAUGCCGAACGACAGGGCACUAAGGCCAUGUUAAACUUCAGCAUUGUCUCCCUCAUCACCGCACUCAUCUUGCCUUCCUUGGCUACCAUCGCCACUACCGAAUACUUUAUCACCAGACGCGGUAAGGCCUGGAAUAGGCUUCGUAGGAUUGUCGCUUAUGUGACCCCUAGAAACUUAUGGACAUUCGGCUUGGUCCUCUAUGCCAUCCUCAUGUGUUCUACUUUCUCCAUCGAGACCGGCGCGGGGGCGAAUCUAUUGAUCUCUUUCCUGGGUCUCUCAUGGACGCUAGCCCAAUGGGUUCCGCUCUCAUUAGUGAUGGAAUAUAUCCGAUCGAUCGAAGAGACGACGAUGGUCAGACUAGAAAUCGAUGAAGCAGGUCGAUCUAAUUCCCCGGUGCCAUCGAGCCCACAACUGCGGAUGCCGACGGCCAAGCACGAGCCCCGAUUGUCUGAACAGUCUCCCCUGCUCUCUUCGGCCCCGGACCCGCCCAGUCUCGUCUCCCUCAGUGCUUCCCAUCAGUACGCUACCGUCCGUGGCGGCACUUAUCUCGCUAUCUUCAACCUCGCAUCCGUCGUGCCACACUUCCUUAUAACGAUCAUUACCUCGACAAUGUUAACGAUAGUCCAACUAAUCGAAUCUAAUGAAGAGGCACUCAACUCAAUAGACACACGAUCCCACGAUCAUCCAUUCUGCCCAUCUUUCUGGAGUAGGGAUUCGAGUGUAACUGAGGUCCCCCUCAAAACUCUCUGGUUGUUCAGAUUGACGGGGUUGGUCGCCCUUCUGGCUGUCUUCCUCUCUCGCUCGUUGGUCGUGCCAACUUCGGAAUUGGAUUAUUGGGACGAAAUUAAGUUCCAAAUCUUCGAGGAUAGGGCUGAUCGUUUGCUCGUUAAUCAGGUCGAAGAUGAUUAACUUUUUUUUUCUGUUCAUUCCCUUCCCCAUCUUUUCUUUCUCUUCCUUUCUCUUCAUCGUUUUUUUUCCCUACUUGUAUCGUUUGGUUUCAGCUUCCUUUCUUUUUCUCGUCCUUCUUUGGGGGGGGGGGGGAAGGGGCGUGUAUGUGUGGGGGGUCUCUAUAUGCAGGUGAAGGGAGGGGGUCAUGUUGAGAAUUUCCUAUUAUCUGCUACUUUUUUUUUUACUUAACCAUCAUCAUUGUUGUUCUCAUUCUCAUCAUCCCCCCUCAUCAUCAUCAUCAUCAUCAUCUUUGUUGUUGUUUUCUUAAAAGAGUGAAUACACACACACACAUAUAUAUAUAUCCUCAAUCUCAUUUCUCAGAU